AUGCGUCUUACACGAUUCCUCGUCGCAUUAGCGGUCGUCUUGUUUUCGGCGCUUGUUCUGGCUGCUGAGGACUACUACAAAGUGCUUGGACUUGAUAAGUCUGCUUCUGAGAAAGAUAUUAAGCGCGCGUAUCGAAAUCUCAGCAAGAAAUACCAUCCGGAUAAGAACCCUGGAGAUGAAAAUGCCCGUGAGAAAUUCGUCGAAAUCGCAGACGCAUACGAUGUCCUCUCCACCUCUACGUUACGAAAAGUCUACGAUCAGUAUGGUCACGAUGGUGUCGAGCAGCAUCGCCAGGGUGGAUCAGCCGGUGGACGAGGCGACCCAUUCGACUUGUUCUCUCGGUUCUUUGGUGGAGGUGGCCACUCCGGUCAUGCGGGACAUAGACGUGGACCCGAUAUGGAAGUUAAGGCUGCGUUACCACUGAGGGAUUUCUAUAACGGACGCGAGAUCAACUUUCUCGUGGAGAAGCAGCAGAUUUGUGAUACUUGUGAGGGGACGGGGUCUAAAGAUCGAGAGGUCGUGACCUGUGAUCAAUGCGGUGGAAAUGGUCGUGUUAUCAGGAAGCAUCAGCUUGCGCCGGGAAUGUAUCAGCAAGUUCAGAUGGCGUGUGAUAAGUGCGGUGGACAAGGGAAGAAGAUUAAGAAUCCUUGUUCUGUCUGUCAUGGAAAUCGGAUUGUUAGAAAGGAGGUUGAGACCUCUGCGACCAUUGAACCUGGUAUGGGACGUGGAACACGUCUUGUUUUCGAGAAUGAGGCGGAUGAGAGUCCUGAUUUCGUUGCGGGUGACUUGAUCGUUAUACUUGAGGAGAAGGAGGCAGAGCUUGGAUCUGAUGAUCAUGAACGUACGGAUGGGACAUUCUUCCGACGGAAGGGCAAGGAUCUUUUCUGGAAGGAGACCCUUUCACUGCGCGAGGCGUGGAUGGGCGAGUGGUCGCGUAAUCUGACACAUCUGGAUGGCCAUGUUGUUCGUCUUGGUCGGUCGCGAGGGGAGGUUGUGCAGCCUUUGGCUGUGGAGACGGUGCAUGGUGAAGGUAUGCCGGCUUAUAGUGAGGGACAUCUGCAUGAUCAUGGUGAUGAUGGAGAGGAUAGUCCUGGUCAUCUUUAUGUUGAGUAUCAUGUUGUUUUGCCUGAUCAGAUGGAGAGCGGGAUGGAGAAGGACUUCCAUUCUUUAUGGGGGAAGUGGCGCAAGAAAAUCGGUGUUGAUCUGGCUGCUGAUAGCGGGCGACCGAUGCCUCCGCCGGCGGAGGAUGAUAAGGAUGAGCUUUGA